GUUAGAAAAACUUCUAGCACACAGUUGUAAAUUGGUGCCAGCUACGCUUCACUGCAAUAAGUAACUUCAAAACCAUACCCACAGCAUAAAUUAGCAUAUUUUAUGGUGGUACGAGAAUGUAGGCCAAAAGUACCCGCCUCUACCGCUGCACUGUAGCAACAGUAACAGGCUGGAGACUAGCGGAGCGUCAAGAAUAACCUUCAGCCAUCGUCGAUUGGCUGGCAGUAGACUAAGCAACGUUCGUGGUGCCGUUCAGUUCGGUCGCGGUUGACUAUCGAGAGACAGGUUUUUUCGUUAUUUUCCUCGAUUUUUUUUUCGUGUUUUCGCACAACAUGCCGAAGCUUUAUUUUCUCCGGGAAUCGGCACCGUCGCGAGCCGUACAGAUGACCGCGUUGGCCAUUGGUGUGGAAUUAGAACUGGCGGAGUUGAGUGUCCCGAAAGAUGAACCCCGUAGGCCCGAUUACGAGCGGAUCAGUCCCCAGUACAGUAUUCCAACCCUUAAGGAUAAGGAUCUAGUGUUGUGGGAAAGCAGAGCGAUCCAAAUUUACCUAGUGGAUCAGUACGGGCAGGAUGAUAGUCUGUACCCGAAGGAUCCGGCCAAACGAGCCAAAGUAAACGAGCGAAUGUUCUUCGAUGCGUGCAUUCUGUAUCACCGUUUUUCCGAGUAUUAUCACGAGCAGGUUUUCGGAGGACUGGAGGGUGAUCUCAAGAAGUUGGCCGCCCUGGAGCAUGCCGUCCGAAUGCUGGAUCUGUUUCUCGAGGGACAACCUUACGUAACGGGUCAGGAGCUGACCAUCGUUGACCUGAGCAUGCUAGCGACGAUUGCAACCAUGAACGCACUUGGGUUCGACCUGAAGCGUUAUCAGAACGUAAACGAGUGGUAUAAACAUAUGAACAAUGUUGCCCCGGGAGCCGAAAUCAACGAAGAAGGGGCCAAGGCGUUCGGCACCUUUAGUUAGCUCUUAUCUUUGCCACUGGUUCCAUCGAUUGCACUUCGAAAUUCACAAGCAAUCUCAUUUUCACAUGGUCGCGUACACGCACACACUCACACACACAUUUCAGUAGACUUAAAACAUUAGAUAACAAUUAUAAUACUUUAAAAAGUUGGCUUGCGCUUCAGCGGGUUAAAAUUUUUGGUUCCUCCUAUCGGCUAUUCUGUACAGCUGGCUGUGUCGGGGGUGGCACCGGUGCUGGCUCCCCCGGCGGGGCGGGGAAGCGUACUCCUCCUGUCAGAGGCUCGUGUUGGACGUUAGCGAAUCCUUAAGCGAGUCUUCGUAGCUGUCACUAAGAAACAAAAAGUUUAUUUUUUUGUAACAUUAUUUGAGUGUUUUUUUAAGACAAACCUGUUGUUAUCAUCGUUGGCCGUUGGUGGAACAGCCGUCGAUUCGGUGCUAAUGUUCGUCACAAACUGCCGGUGGAAGCUCGGAUGGAAGAUGGAACUCUUCAGAUCCGCUCGCGUAAUUACCGGCUGGAUGUCGACCCGGGCAAUCGGCCGCGUGAUGCUGCCACCGAGGCUGCUUCCGUUGUUGUUAUUGUUGUUACUGUUGAUGUUGCCAAUACCGCCGCCACCGGCGUUGCCGGCAGCUAGUGUUGAGGCGGUGUUGCGCAUCCCCGUUGCUCGAACGUCCUGCGAACGGCGGCCACCUCCGCCUACGUUGGGCAGCGGGAUUAGACUGGAAAAUUCGAUGAUUCCGGUUGGUUUGAUCACGGUUCGGUUCGGUUGAGAGGGUGGAAUUUUUGGUUCAAUUUAAAAGAGUUCAAUAACUAAACCUACUGAAACGUUAUGAAAAUCUUGCACCGGUGAAUUUUUUUAAAGUAUAAUUGUAUCAUAGCCAUUCCAUACAAUCUUGUACACAAUAAUUACUUCUAUUGUACGCAAGUUAGUUGCAUGCGCUGCCGUACAAUCUUUCAAGCAAGUUUUCAGUCGAUUAUAUACGUGUGCUAUAAACAAGCAGAUGAUUUUGUAUUUUGAAUAAAUUAUCUAAAACCGGCAUUAGACGAAGCAGUUUUUCCUUAAUGUUUGGUACGAAAUUUAUUUACACAAUUUUUUCACAGGUAAAUAAAUUUGCAUGCUAAUACAAGAUGCGAGUUGACCUUAGAAAAUAAAUUUCGCAGAAAAUCUAGUUUUUAUUCGUGAAACAAAAUUUUGUCACUUGAAGAUAGAAU